CCUUGUGGCGCUGUCUGUGCAGAAAUGUUGUCAAUAGAGAGACAGUGUUUAACUUUUUCUUCUUCUCAAUGUGUGUAAUUGUUAGUACUGCGGAGCAAUGAGCAAAUAUAUUUUACCAGUUUCCGUUUUUGGAACAGUGGCCGGAUGUGCUGUUUUAUUGAAAAACUAUGUGACUGGAGGACGGUGUCCCAGUAAGGCUAAAAUUAAUGGAAAGACUGUGGUGAUAACCGGUGCCAACACAGGCAUUGGAAAGGAGACGGCUCAAGAACUGGCCGAGAGAGGGGGUCGAAUCAUUAUGGGAUGCCGCAACAUGGAGAAGUGCGAGGCAGCAGCAAAGGAGAUAAGAGGGAACACCCUGAAUCCUCACGUUUACGCGCAUCACCUUGAUCUGGCCUCCAUAAAGUCCAUCCGAGAGUUUGCAGAGAGAAUCAAACAAGAAGAGGAGCGUGUGGAUAUACUGAUAAACAAUGCAGGGGUCAUGAGAUGUCCAGCAUGGAAGACAGAGGAUGGCUUCGAUAUGCAGUUUGGAGUUAAUCACUUAGGCCACUUCUUGUUGACGAAUCUCCUGUUGGAGAAGUUAAAAGAGUCCGCCCCCAGCCGAGUGAUCAACCUUACCUCACUCGCCCACAUUAUUGGAAAGAUUGACUUUGAGGACUUGAACUGGGAGAAAAAGAAGUUUGAUACCAAGCAGGCGUACUGUCAGAGCAAGCUUGCCAAUGUUCUGUUCACCAGAGAACUCGCCAAGAGAUUACAAGGCACAGGAGUCACAGUAAAUGCUGUACACCCAGGGGUUGUUGCCACGGAGCUUGGCAGGCACACCGGUCUGCACCAAUCACAGUUUUCAAACUCUGUGCUCAGUCCUUUUUUCUCCCUGUUGGUAAAGAGCCCACAGCUCGGGGCCCAGCCCAGCAUCUAUCUGGCUGUGUCUGAGGAAAUGGAGGGAGUGACGGGGCAGUACUAUGAUGUUAUGACUGAAAAGGAACCAGCACCCCAGGCUCUAGAUGAUGAGACAGCUCGCAGGCUGUGGCAAGUCAGCAGCAGGCUGGUGGGUCUGGAGAAAGAAGGACAGCCCGAUAGGUCAAACCUGCCAGCAGAAGACCAAACCAAAGCUGGACUAAAGGAUCAGGCCCAGACACUCAUGCAGAAACCAGAACAAGAAGUCAGCACUGUUGGCCCAUGACUCUCACUGUGCCUGGCUUAUAGGAACAAUUAACACUCUCAGAUUAUGACUGUAAUUAUCUGUAUAAUUACAGUCUACAGUCACUAUGUCUUUAUGGUCAUGCAUCAGGAUCUUCUCUUCUGCUAAAUAAACAAUUCAACUUUCUCAAUAAUUAAUAAAUUGUGGAGAAAGUUAAAUUUGACGAAAACACAAUGCUGUUUUGAUUGCUGCGGUACACUCAGGGAACCAGUAUUACUAAUUCAUUGUGCUUCAUCUUUGACCCUUCUCUGCUUGUUCUCAUAUUACUCAACAGGCUAGUGAAAGAUCACAUUGGUAACAGGAUUGAACUGGUUAAACAUGAUACCCUGAAUAGCAAAUUAAAAAUGUUUGCAGUAUGGGAAUAUAUUUGAAUAUAUCCAGAAUAGUGAAUAAAAUUAAAAAUCUCCAU